UGAAGUGGACUGGAAACUCCCUUUGAAUUUAUUUGCUUUGUCGUUUGCGUUCUUUUUUUGAUUUGUAGCAGAAUGUCGUGCUGCGGAGGGAACUGCGGGUGCGGAGCUGCCUGCAAAUGCGGCUCCGGAUGUUCUGGAUGCAAGAUGUACCCCGACUUCGGAGAGGAAACCUUCACCAGUUGCCAGACCAUUGUCGUCGGAGCUGCUCCUCAGAAAGGACACUUUGAGGUAGUGGGGAUCGGAGCAGAGAACGGAGGCUGCAAGUGCGGCAACAACUGCACCUGCAAUCCCUGCAACUGCAAGUGAGAGAGAAUGUCGACCUUUAACACUGGAAUCAGUUUAUGAAGCUGAAGAUCUUGAUAUGUGAGAGAUCAUACCGUGGGCUUGAAGGUGUUGGUACUUAUUAGUUGUAUGAUUAUGUAAUUAUAAGCAUCUUUACUGUUUAAAUGCAGUGAAGUUAUCUUGUUUGUGUGUGUGUUGUGUUAUGUUUGUGUUUUGUUUCCUUGAAUGUGAAAUAGCUUUUUAAUCUAUAAAAUGGAAAGUUUGUGUUGUUUGAUCCA